UUUCGGAGACGACCCGAAUUUCUUUUUUCUUUCUUGUUUCUUUUACUUUUUUUUUUCUUUUUCUUUUUAUCAAUUAUUAUUAUUAUUAUUAUUCCUUAUGUCUAAUACUGAUCAUCAUCGAGCUUCCAUUCAUUCCCUUUUGAACCCAGAACCAUUAUCAUCUAUUGGUAAAAAACAUGGUUUUAGAAUCAAAACGAUGACAACGACAAAAACAAAGACAAAUGAAGGGGUGACAUCCAACAAUAUUACAAAACCCAAACGUAAACGGAUCACACCUGAUCAAUUCCGGACUUUAUCUAAUUUCUUUCUUCAAACUGAUACACCAAAUCAUGAACUCCGUGACAAGAUAUCCAAAUUAUUGAAUAUGACGAAUAGAGAAGUUCAGGUUUGGUUUCAAAAUAGGCGGGCGAAGGUAAAUCGUAUCAAGUUACAAGAACAACAAAAACUACAACAAGAAUAUUUUCAUCAAGGCAUCAUUUUGUACCACCAUUUAUCAUCGGACCAACAAUUAUUAUCUUCUCCACCACAAUCCCCUCCUCAACAUAAUAUUUUAUGCGAUACUUCUAUUGAUUCUUCUCAUAUGUCACCUAUUGAUAUUUUAGCUACUGCUGCUGAAUAUGUUCAACGAUGUGAUCAAUUACAACAACAACAACAAUAUCAAUCUCCUUCUUCUUCUUCUUCUUCUUCACCAUCAUUAUCACCAACAUCUCCUUCUUAUUCUUUUUCUUCUUCUUCUUCUUCUUCUUGGCGACCUUGGAUUUAAAGUUAGUUAGUUUUUUUUGUUUGUAUGAACUUUAAACAUCAAAAUAAACAAAUAUAUAUUUCUUUU